AUGGGGCGCGUAGCAGACCGCAAAGCCAUCGGGCGACUUUUUCAACUAUCUGCUCAAGUUAGAAAUGGAGCUGAAGACUCCAGUUCUCGCCAAAAGGUAUCCGGCGAUAAACUGGAGUGCGAGCAGUGCGCGGUGAGGUCCCGAUCUGGCGGAGGGCCGGUGUACGCACUUGACUUUCUAGACUUUCAUAGUCUACUGACGCCGGGCGAAGGGGCAUUCAGGAAGAGCAUUGAAGACAUCAUGAAUCGCUUUGUAAAGCCUGCAGUUUUGCCGCUCUACGAAUCAGCAACGUUCGACAACAGUCUGGUUGACGUUUGCAAGAAAUUCGGUCCUGCAGGUCUUCAAAUAAAAGGCUACGGCUGCCCUGGCCUCACGCACUCGGAAGCGAUUCUAAUGGCCAUUGAAAUGGCGCGAGUAGACGCUUCAUUCGCCACUUUUUACCUUGUGCACUGCGGCCUGGCGAUGCAGUCCAUCGCUGUUGCGGGGAGUGACGAACAGAAGGCCUUCUGGCUCCCGCAGAUGUCGCGUCUCGAGUGCAUUGGAAGCUUCGGGCUUACGGAGCCCGAGCACGGGAGCGACGCCACAGGGCUCAAGACUUCGGCGAAGAAAGUAGAAGGAGGAUGGCUCCUCAACGGGCAGAAACGGUGGAUCGGGAACGCGACGUUUUCAGAUAUCGUCAUCGUGUGGGCGCGCGACGUCGACACUGGCAAAAUUCGCGCGUUCAUCGUGGAAAAGCACUUUGUUGGAUACUCGGCGACGAAGAUCGAAAACAAGGUGUCGCUGCGUAUUGUGCAGAACGCGGACAUAGUCCUCGAAGACUGUUUCGUACCGGAUUCGCACAGGCUCGAAAAAGAGGGAUUUGGAGGGGCAACAGCGCAGGUGUUGGAGUCCUCACGCGCUGUUGUCGCCGCAGAAUGUGCCGGUGUUCUCUUGGGAGCUUACGACAACGCGUUGAAGUACUGCACCGAGAGAAGGCAAUUUCGCAGAGAACUGGCGAGUUUCCAGCUCGUGCAAGAGAGGCUGAUGCGUGUGCUAGGCAUGCUUCAGGCUUCGCUGCUACUAGUGCUGCGUCUGGGGCGGUUGAUGGAUGAAGGCAAACCGAACAUGAUGGCGCAUAUUGCGCUGGCCAAAGCAACGUGCAGCCGUAUGGCGCGCGAGGGUAUUUCUUUGUGUCGAGAAGUUCUAGGAGGCAACGGGAUUGUUACUGACUUCGGCGUUGCAAAGUUCCAUGCGGACGUUGAAGCUCUCUACACUUACGAAGGGACAUACGACAUCAACAUGCUUAUCGCGGGGCGCGCCGUAACUGGCAGAAGCGCGUUCACAUGA